AUGCCUCCAAAACGAAAGCGCUCGGGUGAUGAUGAUAAUGAUGUUGAAGCCGACACGGAAAAGCGCUACGCCUAUUUGAAGCCACAAAUUCGUCGUGUUCCGGAAAAGACGAUCAAGUCGAAAUGGACAACUUUGCCAGAGCCAGUUCAGGACAAGGUCAGGGAGAUGUUUCAUGCACUUGAACGCCCAGUAAUUAUGCGUCAGUCGAAUGAGCGCAAACGGAUUGAGGCACAGAGCGCAGUUCAAGCAGUAGUUCGAAAUCUCGGAAAGCGACUUCCACGGAUGCCCUUCCCCCCUAUAACAAAUGACUCGAACUUUGACUAUGAAUCUGCACUCGAUGAACACAGGACUCUCGAGGCAAGCCUGGCUACAAUCAAGGAUAGCACCGACCUCCUGAAAGCUGAAAUUGCGAAAGAAGAAGCGCUUCUUGCCAGUGACAAAAAGGAGCUCCAGGCAAUGGACAAGAACGCCAAGCGAGCAGAGGCCGAGCGAAAGAGGCUGAUGAAGAAUGAACACCCUGUUCUCCGGCAGCUGGACGAGCUCCCCCAAGACUCCGGGUCUUCUGGGUUUACAUUGGUUGAUGCUAAGCCCAAUCAGGCGACACUGGAUGAGCUCGACACCGACCCCGAAAUACAAACAUUGAUGAAGCAAUUGCAUGGCCAUCUCCAAUCUAUGCAGACCAAUACGGCUCCACUUGUUGGACUGAGAGAUGCCAUCACUCGGUCGCAAGCUGCACUGGACAUUUUUGCAGCAUCUAACGACUGA